UUUCCAUGCCAGGUAGCCUACGCCAGUCUUAUGGCAACUGAAUACUACUAGUAUGUGGACGUCCAGCUCAUUCUGGAACUUGACAUCGACUUCACACAACAGCAGCAGCAGCAUGGUUGUCCGUAGAAGCGUCUCCAUCAUCAUGGCCGCUGCAACGACAGUGUCCGCGGUGGAAUUCCGAUUCACCAACAAGUGCGAGUACACCAUCAACCUGCACGGCAGUGGCAGCAAGUUCAUUUGCGACAUCGCUCCAGGGGCCAAAGCCGACAACAAUGGCGGGGCGCCCUUGGGCACCAUAGGGCUCUUCAAGCACUCUCCGUCGAACGAAGCCAACUUGCUCGAGUACUCGCUCAUCAACUCUGGGUAUGGACUCAAUCAAGUAUGGUACGAUGUCAGCAACAUCCCACCCGGCCCUGGCUGGUGCUCGAGCUACGAAGACUGCAAAGCAUUCACUGGUCGGAAGGGCUACAACGUGCCCAUGCUGGUCAUCCCCACCAAGUUCAAAGGCAAAGCCAACUGCAAACAGCUCUACGUCACACGGCCAGAUGCUCCCGAUGCGUACUUGUUCCCCGCCGACAACACCAAAACGCACGACUGUGCCAUGGACGAAGUGUUUGACGUGAUCUUCUGUCCAGACAACAACGCGCCAGCUCCCACGACCGCCGCCGCUCCUGUCGUUACGACGAAAGCGCCGUCGCCGCCAGUCACAACGAAAGCUCCGUCGCCGCCAGUCACGACGGUGACCCCACCGACCACCUCAACUUAUUCGCCUCCACCAGUGACCCCGUCACCGCCCACACCUUCGUCCCCACCUCUACCUAAAGCGCCAUCGUCGACCACUGAUGUCCCUGCCACUACUUCGACUUCCUCGCCAGCUACACCAGCCUCCCCCACGGUAGUGCCUACCUCUGUCUCACCCGUGGCUACAACUUCUCGAGUGUCGUCCCCACCUAAAAACGACGAUGGCUACAUCAAGCCAUGGUUCCAGUGCGGCGGCAAGGGCUACAGUGGAAGCUCGCUCUGUGGCACUGGCCAUUCCUGUGUGGCCAUCAGCGACUGGUACUCGCAGUGCAUUCCGGACGCCCCGCAGUUUGGUGAGCUCGCAACAUGGGCCCAAUGUGGAGGCACCGGUUUCCAAGGGAAGGCGGCGUGCCUCCCCCGCGACACGUGCGUCAAGCGCAACGAUUACUUUUACCAAUGCGAGCCCAAAGACCACCACAACUGACGAGGCAAACGUCCUAUCAUUAACGUUAACCUUAACGUAGAUUUCCAAUUUAAGAGCAUCUCCACCGCAUCCCCAUAUGUUUUUGUCCCCAUCCCUAAAAUAGAGCCAGUUCACUGUUUUUGGGA